UCCUGCCCGGUUUACUAUGGGAACGGGAGGAGGAGACAAACGGCCAAGAGCCGUUCAGACGCAGGGGAACAGCCACUGGUGCAGAAGCCAAAUCCAAGAAUUUCCCUCUGGGCUCUGGCACUAGCCCACAGACCGGGAAGGUUGCGCUGACCCUAAGAAUCAGCGCAGCAUUUAGUUCACAAAAUGCAGGGUCUGGCUUCUCAGAUUUUUACUCAGUAAGCAGGGAAAAGGAGUUAAAAUCUGCUUUUCUAGUAGCCUCGGGAUUCUGCGCCAGCAACCUGAGGACCUCACGCUGAGACCACCCUGAGACGCAAAGCCAGCCUCAGGUUCGCACGGGGAGGCGGGACGUCUGGAGCGGCAGCGCGCAUGCGCGCGCUCGACCGCGAGCGCGCCGCGUCCCAGAGACGGCGCAUGCGUUGGCUCGGCCCCCCAGCGAGGGCGCGCAGCUUCGCGGGCCGGCUCCGCCAAUCGGAGCCCGGCGUACUUUGAAGUUCUGUCCAUCUAACCUGAGACUCACAGACAUCUUGGACAAUUUUGAUCAUCAAUAAAGAAGUUUAUAAUUAAGUAACAGUGGGGUUUUUGAAAGAGCUAGAAGAAUUAUCAUGAAUUUAAACACUUCGAGUAAUCCCACUGGUGAUACCCAAAGGUUAAAGAAUGCCUCACUGGAUCUCAAGCAAGCAAUUAAAAAUGAAACAGAUUUGGAUAUUAUCGCUGAUCUGAGAAAGAAACUCCAUCGGGCUAAGAAAGAAAAAUUAGAAAUAACAACUAAGCACAAUGCAGAGCUGGCAAGCUGUGAGAGCCAGAUUGCCAAGCUACGGUCCGAGGUUGAAAAAGGAGAAGCAUUGCGACAAAGUCUGGAAUACGACCUGGCUGUCGCUAGAAAGGAAGCUGGUCUUGGAAGACGGGCUGCUGAAGAAAGAUUAGCUGAGGCACACAGGAUCCAAGAAAAACUCUGUGCUCAGAAUUCUGAACUUCAAGGAAAGACAAAUGAGAUUGAGAAAGAAUUUCAGACUUCCCAGGAGAAAUGGAAAGAAGAAUGCAGAAGAUUUGAACAUGACUUGGAGGAAAGAGACAAUAUAAUUCAAAAUUGCCAUCGAGAAUAUGAUUUGCUUAUGAAAGAGAAAAGCAGACUAGAAAAAACUCUGCAGGUUGAAGGAAGAAAGAUAAUUUUUAUUGGUCUAACAGUAAAGCAAGAUUUUAUCCAUAUAAAGGAAGCGUUGGAAAAACAUCAGCAGGAGAAGACUGAGAUGGAGUCUCAUAUCAGGGAGACAGCAUUGGAGGAUUUUAGAUUACAAGCAGAACAAUGGGAAGCAGAAAGAAGAGAGUUGCAAUUUAUAGUACAGGAGCAAGAUAGUGCUGUACAAAAUAUGCACAAGAAAGUAGAACAAUUAGAAACUGAACAUAUGGACUGCUCUGAACUCUUACAGCGACAAACGAAUGAACUUGAAUUUAGCACUCAACGAGAGGAACGUCUUAGAAAAGAAUUUGAGGCAACUACUCUAAGAGUGAGGAAAUUAGAAGAAAAUAUUGAAGCAGAAAGAGCAGCACAUCUGGAAUCAAAAUUUAAUUCUGAAAUUAUUCAGUUACGGAUCCGAGACCUUGAAGGAGCUUUGCAAGUAGAGAAGGCUAGCCAAGCAGAAGCUGUUGCCGAUUUGGAAAUGAUCAAGAAUGAAUUCAAAGAAGUUGAAAGUGCAUAUGAACGAGAAAAGCUCAAUGCACAAGAGAGCUUUGCAAAACUAAAUUUGUUAGAAAGAGAGUAUUUCUCCAAAAACAAGAAACUAAAUGAAGAGAUCGAGGAACAGAAGAAAGUAAUUAUAGACCUUUCAAAGAGACUUCAGUAUAAUGAAAAAAGUUGCAGUGAAUUACAGGAAGAACUUGUAAUGGCAUCCAUGGGGGAUUUUGGAAGAUAUUCCCUGUGGACAGGUGUUAUUUUGUCCUAUCAUAUCUAUUCUCCCAUUUCUUCUGUAUUUGCUAAGAAGCACCAGGCCUUCCUAGUAGAGACAUGUGAAAAUAACGUGAAAGAAUUGGAAUCGAUCUUGGACAGCUUUACUGUGUCGGGCCAGUGGACAUCAGGCAUCCACAAGGACAAAGAUAAACCUCCCAGCUUCUCUGUUGUCCUUGAGACUUUGAGGCGUACCUUGACAGAUUACCAGAACAAGCUGGAAGAUGCAUCUAAUGAGCUAAACAGCAUGAGUGAUGCCAAGGAAAAGGUGUCUAAUGAACUUGAUUCUAGCAGACAGAAGAUAGACUCUCAUUCUAAAAAUAUAAAGGAACUUCAGGAUAAACUGGCUGAUGUCAAUAAAGAGUUAAGUCAUUUACGCACUAAAUGUGCAGACCGCGAGGCUUUAAUAGGCACCUUAAAAGUGGAACUACAAAAUGUGCUACACUGUUGGGAGAAAGAAAAGGCGCGUGCAACCCAAUCUGAAAGUGAACUGCAGAAGCUUUCCCAGGCGUACCGCAAGGACACUGAGGAGAAGCUAACCUUCCUUCAUACCUUGUAUCAGCACUUGGUAGCAGGCUGUGUGCUCAUAAAACAACCAGAAGGCAUGCUGGAUAAAUUCUCUUGGUCUGAGCUUUGUGCAGUUUUGCAGGAGAAUGUUGAUGCCCUGAUCGCAGACCUCAACAGGGCUAAUGAGAAGAUAAGCCAUUUAGAGUAUAUCUGUAAGAACAAGUCUGACACAAUGAGAGAGCUUCAGCAGACCCAGGAAGAUACCUUUCACAAGGUGGCAGAGCAGAUCAAAGCUCAAGAGAGCUGCUGGAACAAACAGAAGCAGGAACUAGAGCUGCAGUAUUCUGAACUCCUCCUGGAGGUGCAGAAGAGGGCACAGAAAUUUCAAGAAAUUGCAGAAAAAAAUAUGGAAAAAUUGAACCGUAUGGAGAAGUCACAUGAACAGUUGGUUCUUGAAAAUUCACACUUCAAAAACAUGUUAUCAAAGACUCAAAGAGAACAGACAUCCUUGCUGGCAGCCUGUGCACUGAUGGCUGGUGCUCUGUAUCCACUCUAUAGCCGCUCAUGUGCCUUAUCUACACAGAGAGAUUUUCUCCAGGAGCAGGCCAAUACUUUUGAAUUGUUUAAGUUGGAAAUCAGAACACUAGCCCAGGCAUUGUCAACUGUAGAGGAAAAGAAGCAAGAGGAAGCCAAGAUGAAGAAAAAGCCAUUCAAAGGAUUGAUACGUGUUUUUCGGAAAGGUGCCAUUGCAAUAUUAGCAGCAAACAGACUCAAGAUCUUGGGCCAGUCGUGUGCCUCUCUUUUUACCUGGAUGGAGAGUUUCAAAGAAGGCAUUGGCAUAUUAGUGUGUACAGGAGAGCCCAAAGACAAACAUAAAUUUCCAAAACAUCAAAGGGAGCAGUUACGUUGUUUACAAGCUCUCAGUUGGCUGACCAGUUCUGACCUUCUUGCUGCAAUAAUCAGUUCUAUGGCUGAAUUACAAGAAGUCAUUAGUAAAACAGAUCCAAAUUCCAGAAUUUGUGGACAUUUGCUUGUAGGUGCAGCCAAAAAUUCUUUUGCUAAACUAAUGGAUAAAAUUAGUCUGGCAAUGGAGAGUAUACCUCUGCACAAUAGCAGGAGUAUCACGUAUGUGGACAAAGAUUCCCUGGUUCAAAGGCUGGCACGUGGACUUCAUAAAGUAAACACACUGGCCCUGAAAUAUGGUUUGCGUGGCCAUGUGCCCAUUAUGAAAAGCACAGCAUCAUUACAGAAGCAGAUAUUUGGAUUUACACAAAGACUGCAUGCAGCAGAAGUGGAGCGUCGUUCUUUGCGCCUGGAAGUUACAGAAUUCAGACGCAAUGUGAAUGAAAUGAAAAAGGAGCUCGAUAAAGCCCAGGGUCUCCAAAUGCAAUUGAAUGAAUCUCAGCAGUCUAAACUGAUCACCCAUGAGAAGUUUGAAAGUGCAUGUGAAGAACUCAAUAAUGCAUUACUUCGGGAACAACAGGCACAAAUGCUAUUGAAUGAACAGGCACAACAAUUACAGGAGUUGAAUUAUAGACUGGAAUUGCACUCCAGUGAGGAAGCUGACAAAAACCAAACUCUUGGAGAAGCUGUUAAGAGUCUCUCCGAGGCAAAGAUGGAGCUGAGAAGAAAAGAUCAAUCUCUGCGUCAGCUCAAUAGACAUCUUACCCAGCUGGAGCAGGACAAGCGUCGACUGGAGGAGAACAUCCAUGAUGCAGAGAGUGCCCUCCGCAUGGCAGCCAAAGACAAAGAAUGUGUUGCCAAUCACAUGAGAACAGUAGAAAAUAUGCUUCAUAAGGUCAGAGAUCAGAUCUCGCUGUCACGGACUGCAGCAAGUAGGAAUGACUUCACCCUGCAGCUACCCAAACUGCACCUGGAGACCUUUGCAAUGGAGGGGCUCAAGGGCGGGCCAGAGGUGGUAGCAUGCCAGGCUAUGAUUAAAAGUUUCAUGGAUGUCUACCAGCUUGCAAGUGCUAGAAUCGCUACACUAGAGAAGGAAAUGACCUCUCAUCGAAGUCACAUUGCAACCUUGAAAUCAGAGCUUCACACAGCUUGUUUACGUGAAAAUGAAAGUUUACAAUCAAAGGAUUAUUAUUUGGAUAGAGACACUGAUAUGGAAUUUAAUGAAGUAACCUCCAGGUAAGUUGCCUUCGUAAACUUUCAAAUACUUUAUUUCAAUAUUGUGGAUGUUUUGAGCCCUUCAAGAAUUAAAAACAAGCAAAACCCAGCCAUGAUUCAGUUAGUUGAGAGGGUGUGAACAAUGUAGUUCCUGUGGUGAAAAGUGUGGCUUCUGAGUGCAGGUCCCUCGUUCUAAAUUAUAACCCAGUCAGAUUAGAAUCCAAGCCGUCUGCUUCGCUUCUCGAGCUGUCCUAUGAGACUGCAGUGUGGAAUGAGGUGAGUCUCUACCAUCCUGGCACUUCAGAUACAGCAGAGAACACAACAUUCUACAAAUACUUAACCACUGGGACUUAGGCCCAAGGUGAGGAAGGACCCACUUGAGGAAUUAAAAUCGUAGUUGAAAAAUGAAGUUAAAGAAGGAAUUGAUAAGGGAAAAUAUGGAUGCACCUAAAAUUGAAGUCAGGCUGGAGCAGAGCAGUUCAGGUAAAGGACUAGGUGAGACGUGACACUGGAGGGGCCGUUUACGCGCAUCCAUUUUCAUCAUGGAUGAUAUCUGGAUUGUUACUUUGGGGAAAUGAUAUUGUAAAUUUUAUGCUUGUAUAAAUACAGCUUUAUAUUGCUUGCUAGAUAUAUAUACUUGGGUUUUCUGCAAACAAUUCAAAUUCACUGAGGUCCCUAUUCAACUCUUCCAUGCCCUCUCUUAUUUAAAAGUUCUCAUUUGCUGCCUUAUUUCUCACCUAACUGGCGACCUUGCAGCCCAAGGUGGAGCCCAUAACAUUUUGCUCCCUCUCCAUCACCAGUGUUUAAUCAGUUGCUAAGUCUAACUAUUCCAGCCACCCCAGAUCUCUGAGAUCCAUCCUCUCCUUUCUACCCUGUGGUCAUAUGACUGUUUCUCUUGGCAAUUGGAAUGACCUUCCAGUAAGUUUCCCCGGAUCUAGCCCUUUCUCCUUCCAUCCUGUCUGCCACAAUAGUGCCAGAAUUCUCUUUCAAGAACACCUAUGGUCAGAUUUUAGCUUUAUUCAAAGCAUAUUUUAGCUUUAAGUUUUCCUCACAAUAAAGUACAAGUUCUUUGUUAUUAACAUUCAAGCAUAUUCUAACUCCAUCUGAUUUUCAAUUGGUGGAAGUAAGAGUUUCCUGUGUUAGGUUCAUUUAUUGCUGUAUUCGUCUGGGCACUGUAUACCAGUUGGAUUUACAUACUCAAGUCAUUGUAUUUUUAUAACUAUAACUUGAAUCUUUGAGGUGAUGUCUUAACUCAAUUCAUACUCUAUUAUAAUGAUAUUACUUUAACAAAUAUUGGUUAAUUUGAAUUGAAAUUCAUAGGAAGAGCACUGCUUCUGUAAUAUUUGUUUAAUACAUACUUGUUAUUGAACAUAUAUUAUGCACAGAUCAUAGUUCCCCUCCAGGUUUUCCCCUACCAAAUAUUCUCAAAUUAAUUACCUUCAAAUGAUGUUUUAUAUUCUCUGGUGAGCACUUUUAGUGAAAAAAAAAAGAAUAAUUAACAUAUUAUUAAAACUGUGGAAACAUUUUAUUUUGAAAGAAGUUAUUGAUUUGAGAAGCAGAGAGAGAGAAACCAAGAAAGAGAAUGCACCAUUUACUUGCUCAUUCCCCAGAUGCUGCAGUUGGUGUGACUGGGCUGAGCUAGGCCAAAGUUGGUCAAAGGGAACUGAAUCCAGGUUUCCCAUGGGAGUGGCAAGAAGCCGAUUACUUGACUCAUCAUUGCUGCCUCUAAGGCUCUGCAUUAGUGGGAAGCUGGAGUCAAGAGCCAGAGCCAGGAAUUGAACUUAGGCACUUUGAUGUAGGAUACAGGUGUUUUAACUUGGUAUCUAAUCACUAAGGUAAACUCCCACUAUGUUAAAAUUUUAACAAAAUAAUUUCAAUUAGUAUAAAUUGGACAUUUCUUUUUUUCCUCAUUGCUCUACCUAAAAAUAAAACAAGUAAACUCUGUCUCUCCAUAAUGCUGCCUUUCAAAUAAAAUAUUUUUUUUUGAACAGGUAGAGUUAGACAGUGAGAGAAGGAGAGACAAAGAGAAAGGUCUUCCUUCCGUUGGUUCACCCCUCAAAUGUCCGCUACAGCCAACACUGCGUCAAUCCGAAGCCAGGAGCCAGGUGCCUCCUCCUGGUCUCCCUUGCUGGUGCAGGGCCCAAGCACUUGGGCCAUCUUCCACUGCCUUCCUUGGCCACAGCAGAGAGCUGGACUGGAAGAGGAGCAACUGGGUCAGAAUCCGGCGCCCUGACUGGGACUAGAACCCGGAGUGCCACCACCGCAGGUGGAGGAUUAGCCUAGUGAGCCGCGGUGCCGGCCAUAAAAUAAAUAAAUCUUUAAAAACAAAAUCAGUAGUCAUUAAGGAAAUGCAAAUCAAAGCUAAGUAGAGCUUCACACACACUAGGAUGGCCAUAAUUUAAACAAAUAAAAAAGGAAAAAUGAUAAAGGUUGCAAGAAUGUGGAGAAAUUGGAACCUCAUUUACAUUGCUGCUAGGAAUGUAAAAUGAUGCAGCCACAGUGGAAAAUGGCUUGAGGAUUCCUCAGUAAAUUAAAUUCAGAGUUACCAUAUUGCCCAACAAUUCCACUACUAGGUAUAGACUCAAAACAAUUGAAAGCAAGUAUUUAAAUACUUGUACCUAAAUAUUUGUAGCAGCACUAUUCACGAUGGUCAAAAUGUAGAAACAACCCAGAUGUUCUUCAGUGGAUAAGUGGAUAAAUAAAUAUGCUAUAUCCAAACAAUGGAAUAUUAUUCAACCACAAAAAAGAAUGAAAUGGUGAUACAUAUAGCAACAUGGAUGUCCCUUGAAAAUAUGCUGGAUGAAAGAAGCCAGACCCAAAAGGCCACGUUUGCGUGAUUCCAUUUAUAUGGAUUUUCCAGGAUAGGUAAAUCCAUAGUGAUUGAAAGCAAAUGGAUGGUUGACAAGAGGCUAGGGGAGGAGACAGUGGAGAAUGACUGCUUAAUCGGUAUGGGUUUUCCUUUAGGGGUGAUGAACUAGAUGGUGAUGAUGGUUGCACAACAUUGCAAAUGUAGUUGAUGCCUCUGAAUUAUACACUUUAAAAUGAUACAUUUUAUGUUGUGUGUAUUUUAUCAUGUUAAAUAUUUCUUUGAGUUCUAAGGUGACAUGGGAUUGUUGUUUACAUAGGACACAAAACUGGAAGUAUGGGUGGAAAGAGUGCGAGAAAAUGUGGGUUCUAGAGCAAGCUGUGUUGCCUACUCAUCGUAGAGCUUUGGGAAAUAAUUCGCACACUUCCUUGUGUCUUGAUGUUCUUGACCGUAAAUUAAUGAGUUUCAACUGCAUGAAAUCUGAAUUCCCUCUCAGCUUUAAAAUUCUUUGAUUGAGGUUCCAAAUACUGAUUCUGGAUACUGGAUUUUAUGUUUUGUCUUGUUUCUGCUUCAAUUUUCAACAAUAAAAUGAGUAUGUAUUUUUAAAUUUGCUUAUAUUCAACAGCAAUAACCCAUUUCCAAAUGCAUUCCAGUUACAUAUGUCUCACAAUGUAACUUGUAACUAGGUAGUCAAAAAGUCCCCAAAGUAAUCUGAAAAUGUAUUAGGAUAUUUGUAAGGAGUAUUUCCUUUUUUAUAUUUGAAGGUUUUUUUGAUAUUUAAUAUGUUAGGAAUGUGAACUUUUAACUCGUGAAACUAUUGUAACAUAUUUGAAAAUUAUAGUAAUUUGAUUAAAAUGUUGCCUAUAAGGCAAAGUUUUAGUUAAUAGAAUCCAUAUGUAAUUAAAAUGCAGAACUAAAUGUAAUCAGACUCCAGUGACUAGUGCCUUCAUAUUGAUAGUUUUACAAUGGCCUCUGGGGUUGAAAGUUUAAAUGUUACAGAAUGUAAUAACACUGCAGAAAACAACUGAAGCUGGCAGUUCAGCUGUUCUAAAAUCAUCAACACCCCUCUUGAUAAAAUGUGCCGAUCACAUCCUAGGUUCUCAUUGUUUGAGGGAUACCUUCUGCUGGCAGGUGGUAGCGGCACGUGACUCUGUGCUCCGCAGCAUUGUUCCAUAAACAGACUGAAGUGAAGGUCCCUGCUGCGAGCCAAACCAUCGUCUUCUUUUUUUAAUAACAGAAUUGCUUCAUUUGGGUGAAUUCAUUCAAUCAUAUGAAAGUUAUAGACACAACACUAUGCGCGAAGCCACAAAAGAAGUUAAAAAAUUUUCCCGAACUUAAAAAAAAUUAUUUUUUCUGGACAGUUUUAAAGAGUCGACAUCCUGUGUUAGAGUUCUCUAAUCAUCACCAGCACAAUUUACAAUCAGAACACACAGAGAGCCAGUUCAGACCAGCUCAUCUGUUGAUCUUGGCAGAGACCCCUCAUCUCACUGUGUGCAGCUGCCCCUUGAGGGCUGGGGGGACUCAGCAGAGAGCCAGAGGAAAGUGGAUGCAAGGCUGGUCGAGUCAUGAACACGUAGGCCUGCUUCAUUUCAACGGUUGUAGAUGGCUUUUAAAAACUUCGUUUCUUAUUUUACUGCUCCCCCCCAACCUCUCUUUUCAACCUGAAAUUGAACGAGGACCUCUCGUGAGCCGCUGCGCUCCAGGCAUGAGAAAUUGUAAUGUCUGGCUUCCAGAAACUGUCCCGUCAAAAUGUGCUUCUGAUUAGGUGGCUUAAUUACAGCUGUGAAAACAAUGUUGAUUUAGGCCUCAGGAUUCCAGGGCAUGUCAACCGUUAUUAGCUAACCUUGGACUGAAUCCACCAUUUUAAAACCCUGCACCACUAAAGUCACCCUGUUUGACAACUUUUUAUUUAGGGGAAAAGUUGCCAGAAGCAAUACAUUUUAUGCAAAAUAUUGUCCACUUCACAAUUUCAACUGCAGUACCAUUAGUGAUCAUUAAAGAGAUAGUUAACUUUGCACUUUAUCAAGAACAAAGAAGUUCUGUUUGUAGAAACAGUAAGUUUUGAAUAGUAUUUUUAAAGGAUUGACUGACAUAAGAAUUAAUUUUAAUUCCUUUAAUUCAGUUUCAUUUUAAAUCCACAAUGUUGGUUUAACCACCCAAUUUUAUUACACCUAAAUUUUCCUGACAGUUUCAUUUGCUGUUAGGAAAUAAAAUUGCAAUUUUUUUUCAACAUGGGAAAUAAUGGCUAGUUUUAAAAACAUUAUGUCUGAAACUUCCCUUCUCAUAAGCUGGUUAAGACACAAUCUCAAUUUACUUUUGG